AUCAUUCACCAAUUUCGAUUUGGACUCACUCGACUAACCCGUCUCUUCGACCCAGGAUCUUUCUCUCCAUCUCUUGUGAUUUUUGAUUUUUGACAACCGACCAAAACAACAACAAGAACAAGAACAACAACCACUGUUGUCAAUCAACCAUUGCACUAUUUGCAACGACAUCGAAUCGAAUCGAAUCGAAUCUCCCGCGACGACCAUCGAUCGCCACAACACAACCCACCCGCAAGCAUUGCAACAAAACAAAACACAACAAAUCACAACACGAUGAGCGAUGCCACCAACAAUCCGGUUGUCUUCUUCGAUAUUUCGAUCGGCGGCAGCCCCCGGGGCAGGAUCGAGAUCGAGCUGAGGGCCGAUGUUGUGCCGAGGACGGCCGAGAAUUUUCGCUGCUUGUAGGUGCUUCCGUUCUUUGCUUUGUUUGGUUUGGUUUGCAGCCCCGGGUCGUUGCCUGUCUCUCUGUACCUCGAAGAAAGGAUGCGCCCUGUUUUUCUUGCUGGUUCUUGCUGUCUUUGCAUUCGGCCAUCUCACUUGCGAACGAAUCGUCCUUGCGAUUUUUCUUCAUGUUGGUGUUGUCACUGCUGUCGAUCCCCCCCCCCUCCCCCCCCCCGAAAAAAAAAACACAGGUGCACCGGGGAAAAGGGAGUUGGGCGUUCGGGAAAGCUCUUGCACUACAAAGGAUCGACGUUUCACCGAGGUUUGUAACGCACACUACUCGCUUGGUUGUUUCGAUGUCAACGGCGUUCGAGGAUCGCAAAAAGUCCACUCACCACGCGGGAUACCGAUGCUUUCCACCUUUUUUUGUGUUUUGGUUUUGGUUUGGAUCUUUCCCUGUGUUUUCAUUGGCAUUGGUAUUCGCAUUCGCAUUCGCAUUCGUGCCACAGUGAUUACCUCUUUUAUGUGCCAGGGCGGCGAUUUCACGAGGUAGAGUGCUGCAAACAGAAGCGUGCGGGUGCAAUCCAAAGGCUGUCAGCUGGCUUUGGAGUCCGACUAAGACCCUUCGUCUCACGCAUCCGUUUCUUGUUUUGCUCUUGUCGCGCAGAGGCGAUGGGACCGGUGGAGAAAGCGUAAGUUACUGGCGGUCUUGCAAGUAGAACGGCUGUAGUAUACAACAACGGACGGGACGAGAAACCCCACGCCUCGAGUCCAACCUCAAGUUCCUUCCUUUUCUUUCUUUUGCAAAUCCACCGACCCCUCAAUCGCUACUGCGUACUGUAUACCCCGUUGUAGAUCUAUGGCGAAAAAUUUGCCGACGAAAACUGUGAGUUGCAACCAUUGUUUGUUCUGUGGAUGGCCCAACACACAUGUGAUUUGCCGGGUUGAGUGUGUGUGGGCCAUGGACGAACGAACCUGUUUCGCUCACCAUGGGUUGUUCUUUCUUCUUGUUUGUUCCUGGUAUGCAUCGAAACCAUUCCACGCAAAGUCAAAUUGAAGCACCAGGGGUAAGUCCAACACUUGCGGUGGUGGCGCGAUGCACCAUGGGGCACGUUUCCCUCGAACCACCAGGUCUGUUUUUGCGCCCGCCGACUUACACUUCAAACCAUGCAUGCUGCCUACCACUUUUUUGGAGGACAGACCAGGAACACUCUCCAUGUAAGUUGGAAAGUGCGAUGCGAUGCGAGGCCGUGCCGUUUCUUUUUUUUUUGGGAACUAUUUGUUGAAGAGGGACGUCCGUUCCCGGAUUCUCUCUCUCUUCGAUCGCCCGGUAUUCAUGGCUCUUGUUUUUUGUUUGCUUUUCUCCGGGACGCACAGGGCCAAUGCUGGUCCGAACACGAACGGGUCUCAAUGUGAGUGGGUUCUGUGCUUGCAGUGUACACAGCAGACGGUAUUUGGGUCCAAAAAACAUUCAGGGAUCGAAUGCAAUAUCCCUGUUGAUCGCAGACAACCGCGCCACUGACCAUCUCUUUGUCUGUUUGUUUUUUCAAAUCUAAUCUUGGCCCCUGUGACCCAAACACACCACAGUCUUUUUGUGUACAGCCGACACACCUUGGCUCGGUAAGUCCGUUGCAUGACUCUGGUUGUCCUAGAAACAAAGAGCAAAGACAUCCAAUCGAUUCCUCAAACCAAUAUUUUCGUUUCCUUGUACACUAGAUGGAAAGCACGUUGUGUUCGGGAAGGUUAGUCAGGAAGAAGUAGCGGCGAGGCGACACGGUAGAAUCCGAAACUUUCUAAGCACGAACUGCGCUUUCCCCUCUUCGUUUCUUAACAUAGGUAAUCUCUGGCCAAAACGUUCUUUCUGCAAUCGAACAAGUCGGAAGCGACUCGGGUGCUACCCGCGUGAAAGGUGAGUUCUGUCAUUCUUCGGGAUUGCCUAUGGGCAGAAGUAUCCCGGCUGAAUGCGUGUGAAACCGUACUCUAUCUGACGCAUUGCUAUGCAUGGACGAGCAAACCGUACUUCAUCUGACGCAUUGCUGUGCAUGCACGACCGUGCAUGAUUCCAUUAUUCUGAUUGUGUCAACAGUUACGAUUGCAGAUUCAGGACAACUUCGAUAGGGAGUACAAUACUCUGUCCA